CAGCCGGCUGCGCCUGGCGAGCGAGGCGAACCAACCGUUGCCGAUAAGAGGCCACACAGCACUAAGAAUUUCAAUAGUUCGAUUCGGGGCGAGAGCGUGUGGAAAUCGGAAAUUCGAGCUGCAUGUGAAUUGAAAUCGUGGGCGAUCCCACUGCGUCAUAGGUUGGCAUCAUUUUCUCGUAACGGACGAACGGCAUCUGUUCGAAAAAGAGAGCGCAAGAGUGGAAGCGGGAGAGAACGAGAGAGUCAGCGAGCGUAAGGACUGAGCAGCUUGCGGUUAACGGAACAAACAACAAUAACAAAAAAAUAAAGAAGAAACAACUACUACAACAACAACAACAACAAACACAAGAUCAGGAGCGCACAGUGGUGCACAGGUUACCGGAAAUAAGCCCUUGAAUCAAGCGGCAGAGCUCGCACCACGGCGCGACGAUAAGUCGCCUCGCUGCGCUGACGUCAUCGACGCGCUUGCAGAAAAGGCAAAGUCGAAGCGUCGGAAGGAGUGCAAGAUACGGCGAGGGAGCAUGCGCAGGCGCUGUCACACAUGCACGCACAACAACAACAACAACAAUAGGUAGAAGCAGAGAACAUUCGAUAAGCCGCCGCUGCACGCUGAGCCUCGAGUCGGGCAUCGAAGUCGAACUCGAACUCGAAGUCGAACUCGAAGUCGAAUCGGAUAAGGCAGCGCUGCAAUGCAGGCUGGGGCCAGCAGCAAUGGGCCAGUGACGCCUGGCUCGCCGGACUCGGCGCACAUAAUCAUUGGCGCAGCUGGCUACGUGGCCCACGAGCGUCGGCAGCCACACCCCCCCAAGCGACUGAUGAACUGUUUUCGCGAUCGUUCGACAACCACAGCCUCGAGUGCGCAAUAUGCGCGCUCGCACAGCUCGACGGCGACGGCGCUGCUGCGUCUGGAGAGCAGCGCCGGCUCCAUCCAGGCGCUGGAUCAGGCUGGCAUUGCGGCCGGCGGCGGCGCUGGCCGCCCGGAGGCGGUGGUGCUGCUGCGGGAGCUGCGCACCAAGCCGAACAAAUUGACGCUGCUGAAGAGCAGCAGCACCAGAGAUUUGACGCGCCUGCUGCUGGACGAGUCGUCGUCGGCGACAGCAGCAUUGCUGGUGUCCAAUGGCAGCCUGGACAUGUGCUCGUCGAAUGCCUCAUCGGCGGGCAGUCCGGCGCAGGGGCGCGAUCGCAACGGCAGCCGGGAGUGCUGCACGGUGUGCGGCAGGCGCUGGCAUCAGCUGAAGCAGCGCAUGCACACGCUGGAGCUGGAUCUGCAGGCGCAGGCCAGCUACAGUCAGGAGCUGGAGCAGAAGCUGGCCGACCUGAGCCGCCAGCUGGCCGAACUCUUGCAGGAGAAGCGGCAACCCACCACCGCCGCCGCCGCCGCCGCCUUCUCCUCCUCCUACGCCGGCAAACGUCAUGGCGGGGGCGGCGCACCCGUACGCCCCUCCAGAUUGGCCGCCUGGAUGAACUUGGCCAACUGGUGGAAGAGCCGUCCCAGCGUUGAGACGCUGCGCGAGCAGCGCAUCUUCUUCGACGAGCCCUGCUUCGAUACGGAACUGGAGCUGGUGCUCAAGCACGACCAGCACCGGACUGUGCCGCGCAUCCUAAUCGAUUGCUGUGAUUUGAUCGAGCAAAUGUAUCGACGCUCCGCGCAGCCCGUGGAGGGUAUUUAUCGCCAGUGCGGCGAUUACAAUAAAAUCCAAACGCUGCGCUUCAACAUCGAUGCCAACGACUAUGAUGCACUGCGUCGGCCCGGCGUCGAUAUACACACACUAACCGGCGUGCUCAAGCUAUUUCUGCGCGAGAUCAAGAGCCCCCUGAUCAGCGUUAACGAGGCCAACACGUUCAUUGGGCCGCCCAAUCAAUGGCUGCUCACCGAGCAGAACCAGAAGUUGGACACACUCAAGAGACUGAUACGCUCGCUGCCAGAGAUAAAUCGCGACACCAUGGACUAUCUGUUUGGACACUUCAAUCGACUCACGAAGGUACCGUUGCAGCAGAUUAGCGCCGAAACGUUAUCGAUAUCGAUAACACCAUCGAUAUUCCACACUGUGGCCCAGGGUGUGCACAUGAAUGACAUACAGGAGCUGCUGCGCGAGGGCGAAACCCUGGCCGAUUGUGUGCGGCUUAUGAUCGAGUACCAUGCUCGCAUAUUCGAGCUUCCAGAAAUGGAAAAAGUCCACAAUUGCAAUUUCGAUAGCUGUGGACUUUUCGAUAAUACAAUCUCAGCAAGCGAGUCACGAGAGAGAGAGAGCGAGAGAGAGAGAAAAGUCUAUGUAGACAGCAUCAGCGCCUUGCCUUAAAGAAAUAUCAUGCAAUGCAUUUACUAUAUAUCUGCAUAACAUUCAUUAUACGAUUUGCGAGUGUGCAUUAAAGGGUGUGCUUCAAGUGAAGAUUUCAGGGAAGAGCCUAUUUUGUUUAACGUAUUCGUACAGUCUACAUGUCUCUAGAACUAAGUAGCAUACAAUUAUUGAAUUACCAACUGGUUUUAC